ACAUCUGAAGACUCUCGACCAUACUCUGAACAUUUCACGGAGCAUAUGCUUGAUGUGCUAAAUAGUCGAUUUUGGAAUAAAUCGCAUGAAGACGAUGAUGUUGGUACGAGGGUUCAAACCCAAAUAGUAGCCCUGAUAAAGGCCACUGUUGAGCGAUGCAUUAUAUUAAAGAAACUCAAAGUUCCUGAACGUCGAAAGGGAACAAGAACGGAAAUAACAGAACACCUUGUUGCCGCAUGUAUAUGUCGAACAUCUCGAAGAGAUGAAGAAAUAAGUGUCUGUGCUGUGCGAGAUCUCCUAUUGCCGAAUGUCGGAGAAUCAUCUGAGGCAUUUACUGUCAAGGAACCGCUACCAGACAUAGACGAUGAUUUGAUAGACGUAGCCGAAAUUGGAGAGAGAGACUUGCUAGCGCUACGAUCGGUCAGGUUCCUAUUUAUCAGUUUGAUUGCAGAACACCUUGUUGCCGCAUGUAUAUGUCGAACAUCUCGAAGAGAUGAAGAAAUAAGUGUCUGUGCUGUGCGAGAUCUCCUAUUGCCGAUUGUCGGAGAAUCAUCUGAGGCAUUUACUGUCAAAGAACCGCUACCAGACAUAGACGAUGAUUUGAUAGACGUAGCCGAAAUUGGAGAGAGAGACUUGUUAGCGCUACGAUCGACAGCUGAUCUGGAGCGUUCUCGACGCUAUGCUGACACCACACCAAAAACACAUUUCCUUGAUAAACCAUCUUCAAUACCUUUGAUCUUGUUCGACUUGAAGUCUCUGUUGAUACGAUUGAGUGCUUUUGUUGUAGACAACCAACACCUGAGUGGAGAAGACAAAAAAAGUAUGAUUUUUUUUGUUAUUUGA